UUUCCGUCGCACGCUAGAAAAAAGACUCGGAAGUAAGCGUAUGAAUAAUGCUCGAAUUGAGCAGUUUAGCGAAAGAAUUCGAAGUAGUGCGGCACAAUUUAAGUCCAACUAAAACGAGGUGUAAUUUGGUUAUUUCUGCAUAAUUUACAAAAAAAUGAAUUAAAAUUAUAUAGAAACAAAAACUUAUUGUCGUUUUAUUUUAAUUGAACUUACAUUAAAAAGAACUAUAACAUUGGUCAUUGCGUCAUUGAAAAUAUGUUAACAUUACCACGUGAAAUUUUAAGCAUGUUUCAGGAACAUCUUGAUUACGCUAAAAAGCAUGCUGGUUUUGACUUUGAUUUUAAAGAUAAACAGUUACAAGUUCUGGAAUCUUUGUAAAAUUGUAAAGAUACAGUUGUCACCGUGCCUACCGGAUAUGGGAAAAGUGCAAUUUUCCAAGUGUUGCCCUUUUCCAGAGGAAAUUCGAGUUACCAAGGCCUAUGAUAGUUGUUGUCGUGGCACCCCUGAACUCGGUGAUGCAGGACCAGGUGCAAGGUUUGUCUGCAAAAGGUUUUCCAGCCUGCUAUAUCGACAUAGCAGGAAUCGAGUGACUACAUAUACAAAUGAUGACAUCGAUAAUGAUACCCUCUUUGAGUUUGUGACCAUUGUCAAGAUGCAAGAUCUACUUGAGGGAAAAUAUUAUUUAAUAUAUGCACACCCAGAAACACUACUUGGCAGUAAGGGUAUUGGAAAGAUGCUGAGAAGUAAGCUGUUUAAAGAGUACGUUUGCUGCACAGUUGUGGAUGAAGUUCACAUGAUUUCAGAGUGGGGUUCAGAUUUCAGAAAGUCUUUCCAAAGGCUUGGUGAAUUAACCAUAAUAUUUCCUGACAAGCCCAAUCUUGCCAUGACAGCAACAACUACCAAGUCCGCCAUGGAAUCUUUAACCAAGAUAUUGCAGUUUAAGGAUCCAAAUUUUAUAAUAGAAAAUCCAGACAGGCCCAACAUUUUCAUAGAAGUCAGAGAAAGAUUACCAAAUCUGCGUAAAUAUGAAAAGCAGGAAAAAAUUCUGUCUCCCCUCGUUACAGAACUCAAGGAAAAACUCCUGAAUUUCCCUGUGACAGUAGUUUAUUGUGAUAAUUUGGAAACUGUUGGAUAUGGGUAUCAGUACAUAACUAGUGAACUUGGUGAAUAUCAGUACAUUCCGAAGGAAGAAAAUUACCGGAAAAUAGGAUUUUCGCUCAAUAUCACAAAGACUAUACUGAAAAAAUGAAAACUCACAUUAUCUCUGAGCUGAGGAAAGAGAGUCCUAAAGUUCGUCUUGUUUUGGCAACAGUGGCAUUUGGUAUGGGUCUUAAUUCGCCAUCAAUAGAAAGGGUAAUACAUACAAGGCCACCAACAACUCUAGAGAAGUAUUUGCAGGAGAUUGGCAGAGCUGGGCGCUCUGGACAGAAGGCCGCAGCCAUAGUGUAUUUUAAUAACAGUGAUGUUGCACCCAAUCGUACGGGUCUUCAAGCGGAAGUACGUGACUUUGUUAAAAACAGGACAACCUGCUUACGCAGACACCUAAUGAAAUAUUUCGGGUUUGAAGACAUAACACUCUGCAUUUCAUCUGACAAUUGCUGUUCAAAUUGUAAAGGAAGAAAUGACCAACUCUAAGAAUUUGUACUAUGUUCUCAGCUACUAAAAAGAGGCAUAUGGACCCUAAUAAUUACUAGUCUUUCAUCCUUUUGGGCUUAACCCAUCUUCACUUUGUUAGUUUUGUAUGUAAUCUAAUUUACAUGCUAGAACCUAGGGCAUAAAGAAAAGGUACAUUAUAUAAAAACAAAUAUUUCAAUUUUGAGAUGGUAGUCAAUACUAGUAUAUACUUUUUACUCACUCAAUGAUUCUAAUGAACUGUAAAAUCUGUAGUUACAUGUAUGUAGUUCAAAUAUUUGUUUAUUUGAAACCAAAUUCAUUUUCUAUUUGAAAGAUUUAUUUCACAUUCAAUAUAUGAUAAGAAAAGCUCUGAUAAUUGAAAAGGUAGAGUCUUCAAAUAUUAAACUUUUCAAAUCAAUUUUAUAUAAAUAAUAUGAACACCUUUUAAAAAACUAAAAAAGUAUGAAAUUACUUGUAAGUUUAAGAAAUUAACUUAAUGCAAAAUAUUUCCUUGCAAUGAUAAUGUUCUUAACUGUACAAUCGUAAAUGCAAAUAUGUAUAUUUUAGAUGCUUAUGAAGUGCUUUAAAUUACAUUCUCAUUACAAUUCGUAUUUUGUUGUCAAACUUGUAAGUUAAAUAAAUACACAUAAUUUAAUUAUAUCACAAUCCAUGUUCGUACUGUGUAAAUACAUGUGUAAUGGAAAAGAAACUUCAUGUAUCACUGUCUUCUCCAUCACUUACGUCAAUAUCAUCACCAUCACAUUCCACAGGAAAGUUCCUUAACAGUCUCUGACAGAUAGCCAUAAUGUCCAAAUGAAAAAUAUGUUGCUUUUCAAAUAACUCGGCAUAAACAUUAUUGGGAAUUUUGGCAUAAUGCUUCAACAUCCUUUCGGGUGUUCACGUUAAAGGCUUCAAGCAUCUGAAUUCCUGCAGAAUACAUUGCAGAUCUUCACUGUCAUCUCUUUUCUUGUGGGACGUUUCAAUAUUCCUCUCAUGAAUUUAAUUGUCAAGAUUUUUAACAACAUUGUUAAUUAUAGGGGCAGCCUUGCAGAGAUGAGAUUAACUAUAACAGUCUCGGUUUUAUUGAAUCCUAAGACUCUGAUCAGUUCCUUCAACUCUUUGACUUGGUUUUCCUUUCGCAUAUCACUGGGUUUAUUGUUCCUUGGUCCACCUUUUGGAUUUACGAAUGAGCUUGUGCGGACUUCUAAUGAAAGUCUUGGUGAUAAUAAAAUUUCAGUUUUUAAGAUAUAGUCUAUGCAUUCCACUAAAUAUUUUGAUAAGUUAGAAUGGGCAUAGAAAUAUGGCAUCAUCAAUUUCAAUGAAAUAUUGACUCUGAAAAUGUCACCUUCAUAUAUGGCAUCCUUCAUAAAUAUCAUAAGUAAAUAAUGUUGCAAGAAAUAAUGCAUGUAAUUGAAGAGGUCGUCUUCUUUGGCUUUGGACAAAGUUAACAUAUUGCCCGAUAUGUUCAGGACUACGACUUUCCCUUGCUCCAGACUUGAUUUCGGAAUCUGUACCUUAUAUUGUUUGUCACACAGGAUAUGAAAUGUAAUAUAUCCUUCUUUAGUUGGAACUUUUUGGGUCUCCCCAUUGAUGUCAAGAUAUUUCCACUUCCUUUUCUCAG